AUGGAGGCGGUGACUGGGAGUCGAUUGCUGGGAGAGGUUGAGGAGUUGAGUCUGGAAGAGAUGCUUCGAAGCUUGCGUUCAUCCGUCUCAUCGUUGCCGAAUGUGCUGGGCACCAGAACUCAGGUUCAACAACCUCAAAUUCAACCAACAAAACUCACACAUAUAUCACCGCUCGACGAAAUUGCUGCUGCUCAUUUCCACACUACCAAAGCUGCAGGUAUCGGGAUCUCUGGCCGUUACCUCCCGCUCCUGUAUAAACUUGUAUCAGAUCUUGUCAGCCCUCCUCAUUCCUAUGCUAUUCUCGUCGUCGACAUCGAAGGUCGUUUCGACGCUACACGCCUAACCUGUUCGCCAUCUCAUAUGCAGCACGCUUAUGUUCAACGACCAGCUCGAAGCGACCCAGAACAUACCCGGACUCUUAUCGCCGAGACAGAGGGGGUUCUUCUCUAUGGCGAUGUAGCACGGGCAAGCGCUGGUCGUGAAUGGUGGGGGACUAUCGUUGUAGGUGGCCCAGGGGCUGGUGACAUUUCGGCAGGCUGGAAGGGAUGGCUACGGGUUGAUCGCGAGAAUGUGCGCGGCUUCGCGAUGGGCAUCAGCGCAGAGGAAGCACUGGAUCAGCAGAAACAGAGACAGGAUGUCGUGGACGCGGCUGGAUGGGUAGCCUCCUCGCAGUGGGGAGGAUAUACCUUCAAAGAAGGUGAUGACACGCCUGGAAGGGAUGAAGGAGAGGUUGUAUACACCGACGAUAUGGAGAAAGAUGAGACGUCACGGCACCAGGAAACUUAA